CAGGGAAGCAUUGGACUGAGGAGGAGGUUAAAGCCUUGUUAAGCGUCUGGUCAGAAAAAAAUAUCAGAAAGCAACUCCAUGGCACGCUGAGGAAUAAAGGAAUAUUUAUCUACAUUGCCAAAAGGUUGCAGGAGUUAGGAGUUUGCAGGGAUUGGAAACAGUGCCGUGCAAAGUAUAAAAACCUGAAGUAUGAAUACAGAACGGUUAAAUAUGCCCACAACUCUGGGGAUGUCACUAAAACCAUGAAGUUUUUCCAUGAUCUGGAUGCCAUAUUGCGAUAUGAACCUGUCACACAAUUAGCUGCAGAAGAAAACGGCAGGUGUUCUGCGACUGAGACGCAGCUGAACACAAGCCCCACAACAGACAGCACGCAAGAAAUCCUUGAGGAUGAUGGGAACUUUGCCAGUUCCACCCCAGCAGCUCUGGAAUCUACACAAAUAAAGAAGGAGACGAUUGACAUAGAUGAUGAUUCUAUAAGCACUACCUCAGAAGACAGAUCUUGUACGCCAGUAGCAAAACGGAUGGUUGCGACAGACAAUCACAUUCCCUUGGAAGAAACACAAAAUCACUUUAAAGUUAUUACAGUCAAUGAUACUGGAGCAGGAAAACACUGGAGUGAUAAUGAAGUCAGAGCUCUGAUAAACAUAUGGUCAGAUGAAAAGAUACAACAAAUGCUUGAAGGGGCCACAAGAAAUAAAGAAAUAUUUGAGGAAAUUGCCAGAAGGUUAAUGAAACGUGGUAUAGACAGAGACUGGAAACAAUGUCGCACAAAGUACAAGAACCUAAAAUACGAAUACCGUGCACUGCAGAAGGAAAAUGAGCACCUCGGUAAUCCCAGGAGAAAAAUGAGAUUUUACGAUGAAGUUGACUGUAUCUUAAGAAGACAGCCUCUGGGUCCCUCGAGCUGGGGAUGUGAAAGUUCAAGUCUCCUAUCAGUUUCAGUGGGAGAUGUUACAGCAAACACAGGAUCCUUGAGUAUCAAGAGAAAAACAUGGAGUGAUGAGGUGUCACCUGUUCCACUUAAGAAAAGUGCUUCUGAAAACACCAUACUCCACUUCCAAAAACUAUUAACAGAGAGAGUGCACGCAGUAACAGAAGGCAAAAAGUUACUGUUAGAAAGGCUUUGUAAGCAAGAGGAAAUUCAAGACCUCAACAGAACACAGCUGUAUGCUGAUCCAUCAGCCAUACAACAGGUUGGUUUAAUGAACUUUCUAUGAAAUUAGCAUGCAAAGAGAUUCUUGCAGAUAGUAAGAAAUUAAAUAAGACUUACUUAUGUGUAUAGGUCACCCACAUGAGUACAUGCUUGCUCCCCUUUAAUAUAUUCACCUGCAGUCAUUUAAACUAAAAUUAUUAUGAGUUCCCAUCAUAAUCCUUAAGAUGAGCUUUUAGCAAUGAUAUCAGUUAGUCUAAUAAAAGAUAUAAC